AUUUCCACCUAUUUCCCGAUAAGGUUUAAGGCCGACCAUCAUGGGUUCUAUCAGUCUACAUAAUCUACUAAUAUGGCGGCUCGUUUUAUGUUAUAUUACGUUUUAGUUUUCACUUUUUUCGAUUAUGUCAUAUUGGACGAGAGUGCGUGCGGUAAACCAUUAGGAGAAGAUUUCCGUUUGCACGAAGAAGACAGAAUCGUUUCUGGGUAUGACAUAGGAUACUAUAGAUACCCUUGGUAUGCGGCUCUGAUAAGAUAUAAAUCAGUAUCUUGCGGAGGGGCUCUAAUUGCACCUAAAACUGUUUUAACGGCUGCGCAUUGCUAUAAAGAAUUUUUAACCUUAGCCCAACACGGUGGUUUAACUUUAGAAUCAAUUUUUACUGUCAGGUUAGGAAUAUACAAUAUAUGCAUAAACGAAUCCACUCAAAAAGAGUAUUCAGUUGAGAAAGUGAACGUCCACGAAUUAUAUCAGCAGAAGAUGCCUUACUACGACAUUUGUUUAUUGAAAUUAGUCGGUAAUACCGAUCAGUACCGUCCGAUUUGUUUACCACCACCGACGUUGAAAAAGAAGCCAUUAUAUGGGACAGUACCGGGCUUGGGUACUUUGAGGUAUCGCGGAGCAAUGCCUUGUACUGUACACGAAGCCCGUCUAUUAUUUUACAACGAUUCCAUGUGCCAUGAUAUGAUAAAUAAAACCGGAAACGAUGCGUCUAUUAUAGAAAAUGCAUUUUGCGCCGGAUAUAUACAAGGUGGAAUAGAUACAUGUCAGGGGGACAGUGGGGGUCCAUUGCAAAGUAUGAAUCAAAAUGGGAACUACGUUGUUAUCGGAAUCGUCUCGUUUGGUUUCCGAUGCGCCGUUCCUGGAGUUUUGGGAAUGUACACCGACGUAUCGAAAUAUAUAAACUGGAUCAAUGAAAAAACUGGAAUAGACGCGCCAACAAUAGUUAAUAGUUUCCAAGAGAAACCGGUAGAUAACGGUACUAACGUCAAUAAUGUACACACUGGAGUGGGGAGUGUAGGUACAGGAGGAGGUCAUCGUCCUCAUCACCAUUGGAUACACAUUAUAGGACCGUAUAGACGACCAAUAAAGAUACUUCUUGAUAAAAAUAAACGUCCAAGAUGAUAUGACACGAUUCAAUUAAAAAAUUAAUCUGCGAUUAUAAAUUUCAUACUAAAUUGCAAUAAUUCCAAUAAUUGCAAUCAAUAUCCACGUAUUUGUUUAGAAGAAAAAUAAAAUAAAUGUGUAAAUAGAA